UAAUAUGUUAAGAUUAUCUAGAAUAAAGUCUAGAGGAUGUUUAUACUGAUAUGAAAAUACACAAUUAUUCAUCUCACAUUUCUGUCCACUAUGAAUAUUCGGUCAUAAUAAAAUGCCUUCAUAACCUUCUAUUUACUUGAGUUGAACUUAUUAUACCAUGUAUUAUAUGUUAUUAGACAAUUUUUUAAUAUAAUACUGAUGUAAUUAUAAACUUUAAUGUUAAUAGGUUCUUUGGUUUCAAUUAUAAUGUUUAUUUAUUAAUAAUUUUGAUUCUAAUUUCGAAAGAAAUCCAUCAUUGCAGCAAAUGCCUGCUCACUGAUGCCAUCUAUGAUGAACUAAUUUUGUAGAGUGCGCUACGUCCUACUUGAAUGACAUUUGUUGUUACUUGUUGUUGUUAAAAUACAGGAAACUUUAUUUCGUAAUUAAGACUGUGAAGUUUAAUGUCAAGAGUUUAUAAGUAAAUUAACCGUAUAUACUAAAUACAUCGAUAAUAAGUGGUUAUUAAGUUAUUCUUUUAUUGAAAUCUGUUUUUGUCUGUCAGUCUACUUUCAAAGCGAAUAAGGUUAAGUAAUACAAAAAAAUGAGUUUUCAAUUGAACACCUCAAAGUCUGAUGCCAAUACUACUGCCACUGGAACUCCAGUCCAAACAAGUGGUGCUGGAGAUGCUGCAAAGCCAGCCCCAUUUUCAUUAACACCUGGUCAAAAUAAACCUGGAGGUCUAUUUGGUGGAUUCGCUAGUACUCCUGCUCAAAGUACUGCAUUCACUUUAGGUACACCCAUUGCUACACCUGGCAAUACUGCACCUUCUCAAGCUUUUGGUAUAAGAUAUGGUUCAUCAACGCUUGCAACUACAGGUGCAACACCUAGUGCAGUCAAUGCAGCAAUACCUACAGGAUUUCCUGCACCAACUCCGGCUGGAAAUACUUUAGGUUUUAACCAAGCAGGAACAACUACUGCUAUAACAACAACAGCAACAACCACAUCAGCAUUUGCAGCUAAACCAAUUACUAGUGCAUUUGGUGUUGGAGCUGGUGAAGCUGUUUCAUCUGGUACCACUACUGGAUUAACAUUUGGUAUACCAAAUACAAUGACAGUAGGAACUACAUUUACUCUGCCUACUGCAACUGCUGCUACAACAGCAUCAACAUUAACAACAACUCCAGCAAUAGGUUUUUCUUUAAAUACAAGUGCAACAACUUCUGCAGCCACACCAUUUACAUUUGGAACAAGUACUGCAGCAACUACUACAACAGGGUUUUCCUUAAAUAAAACUUCUGCUGCACCCAGUCUUACAACUCCUAGUACCCAAGCAUCAUUAGGCACAGCUACCACUGUUACUUCGUCCGCGAGCACAUUCCAACCAGCUUCCAUAAGCUCAUUUGAAGAAUCUAUCAAUAAAUGGACUUUGGAAUUAGAGGAACAAGAGAAAGUAUUUGUAGAUCAGGCUGCUAAAGUUAAUGCUUGGGAUAAAUUGCUAAUAAGUAACGGAGAAAAAAUAGUAGCCCUUAAUCAGGAAGUUGAAAUAGUAAAAAUUCAGCAACAACAGCUGGAACAGGAAUUGGAUUAUGUUGUUGGACAACAAAAGGAAUUGCAGGACUGUUUGGUGCCACUAGAGAAAGAAUUAGCAUCUCUUUCGGUGUCUGAUCCUGAAAGAGAGUAUACGUACCGUUUAGCGGAGGAUCUCGACACACAACUAAAACGAAUGUCGGAAGAUUUAAAAGAGAUUAUCGAACAUUUGAAUCAAGCUAACCGCACUCAAGAUUCUAGCGAUCCAAUCGUCCAGAUUGGCAAAAUAUUAAAUGCGCAUAUGAACAGUUUACAGUGGAUAGAUCAGCAAACGGUAUUGCUUAAUCAAAAAAUACAGCAAAUCGAUCAGAUGCAUCAGAACUUCAGACAAGAGAAUGAACGAACCUUUAACUUAGCAUAUAAUUAAUUCCAAUUACCGAACUUUAUCGAUUCGAAAUCCGCCAAUUUUUUAUCAUCUGUUUGUAUACGCUAAAAAAAAGUUAGGCCACAAGAUCAUGUAAAAGACUACAUUACAAACGCUUAUAAUUAACGCGAUGAUU